AUGUUUUCCUCUGACGUUUUUCUGAAGUUUCUUCUGACGCUGACUGCAAUCUUCAGCCUCGGAGAGUGCAGAUUUCAAAGCAAGGAUGAAGCUGCGAAGAGGAUUAACGGGGCUCUGCUGAGUCAGUCCCCAAGACCCUUCUUUGUGAAGCUGGAAGACCCUAAGAGCGGGAUGAGGUGUGGCGGAACUAUCAUAUCACACUACUCAGUCCUCACAGCUGCACAUUGCUUCGACCCGAUAUUCAAAUCUCAACUGACAGUGCACACGUUAGACAAGAAGAAACAAACCAUUCCGGUUGACUUCAAGAAGAAUGUGGUCAUGCACGAACACUACGUGUACCAGAACCGGUUUGCAGAUCUGGCAGUGGUCAACUUCGACAAACCAGUGUUCGACAAGGAAGAAGUGUUGAAAUUGUGUCCGAAAGGAACUGCGCAUACGAUUGAAAACGAACAUCUUCGAGCGUGUGGAAUGGGGAAGGACCAGAACAAACCAGUGAACAGACUAUCUGAAGUCGAGUUGUUUGAAAUCAAGACGCCCGCUAAGUUUCAUACCAGGCCUAAAGAGUUCGAUGGGAAAACGCAGAUGGUGUUCGAGAGUACUUUUAGUCGCACACACCCUGGAAGACUCAUACCCAUGAGCGAAGGAGAUCCUGGUAAGUGA